AUGUUAGCUAUGUUAGAACAUUUCUGUGAAUGCUAUUUUGAUCUAAGUGGUCUUAUUCUGUGUCCUGUGCUAGGAAGCAUUAUUCUUCUUUUCAUUCCAAAUUCAAGAAUACGACUGAUACGAUUGAUUGGUCUGUGCGCCUCUCUUAUUACUUUUUUGUAUUCCCUUGUUCUUUGGAUACAAUUCGAUCCUUCUACGGCCAAAUUUCAAUUUGUGGAAAGCCUUCGAUGGCUUCCUUAUGAAAACAUCCAUUUUUAUUUGGGUAUAGACGGUAUCUCUUUAUUCUUCGUGAUAUUGACCACAUUUCUGAUCCCUAUUUGCAUUUUAGUGGGUUGGUCUGGUAUGAGAAGUUAUGGGAAAGAGUAUAUUAUAGCAUUUCUAAUUUGUGAAUUUCUAAUGAUCGCCGUGUUCUGCAUGCUGGAUCUUCUACUAUUCUAUGUUUUUUUCGAAAGCGUGCUAAUCCCUAUGUUCAUUAUUAUAGGGGUAUGGGGUUCGAGACAAAGAAAGAUCAAGGCAGCAUAUCAGCUUUUCCUUUAUACUUUACUUGGAUCUGUUUUUAUGCUAUUAGCUAUUCUGUUGAUUCUUUUCCAAACAGGAACCACCGAUUUACAAAUUUUAUUAACCACAGAAUUUAGUGAGCGGCGCCAAAUCUUUCUAUGGAUUGCUUUUUUCGCCUCUUUCGCCGUCAAAGUGCCUAUGGUACCAGUUCAUAUUUGGUUACCCGAAGCUCAUGUAGAGGCACCUACGGCAGGAUCCGUCUUCUUGGCGGGAAUUCUUUUAAAAUUGGGAACCUACGGCUUUUUAAGAUUUUCAAUACCCAUGUUUCCUGAAGCGACACUUUGUUUCACUCCUUUCAUUUAUACUUUAAGCGCGAUUGCUAUAAUAUAUACUUCCUUGACCACUUUAAGACAGAUCGAUCUUAAGAAGAUCAUUGCUUACUCCUCAGUAGCUCAUAUGAAUCUGGUGACUAUUGGUAUGUUUAGUCUGAACAUACAGGGAAUUGGAGGUAGCAUUCUACUUAUGUUAAGUCAUGGACUGGUUUCUUCAGCCCUUUUUCUAUGUGUUGGUGUUCUAUAUGACCGACAUAAGACUCGACUUGUUAGAUAUUACGGAGGUUUAGUGAGCACCAUGCCGAAUUUCUCUACCAUUUUCUUCUUUUUCACUUUGGCCAAUAUGAGUUUACCUGGUACUAGCAGCUUUAUCGGGGAAUUUCUCAUCUUAGUAGGAGCUUUCCAAAGAAAUAGCUUAGUAGCCACAUUAGCAGCGCUUGGGAUGAUUUUAGGCGCGGCGUAUUCCCUUUGGCUAUAUAAUCGUGUGGUUUCUGGUAAUUUAAAACCAGAUUUCCUCCAUAAAUUCUCCGAUCUAAAUGGUAGAGAAGUUUUCAUAUUUAUACCUUUUCUUGUUGGAGUUGUUUGGAUGGGUGUUUACCCCAAAGUGUUCCCGGACUGCAUGCAUACAUCCGUAAGUAACUUAGUGCAACAUGGAAAAUUUCAUUGAGAGGAAUCAGCAAAGAAAAGAAAAAGCGAAUUCCUCUAUUUGAUGUCGAUUCACCCACACUUCCAUUCCUUGUAGAGGAAGGCUAACUGCUUGCUGGCUGGGAGCUGUAUGAGCGGUAACGUCCACGUACGGCUCCGUGAGAAGGGCGGUGGACAGAAAUGGCCUUGUUGUACCUUACUCUCG